AUUAUUUAUUAUAUUAAAAUUGGGACUUUACCUAAAGAAUCCAAAUACAGUUUCAAUGCAACAAACCUAAUAUCGUUACCCCACAUUUGUGUUGCUUCAUCUUUCACAUGCCACGCUUUCUUCUUAAACCAACGAUUCCAUUUCCACUAGCUAGAAUAAAUCUCUAUCUCUCUUUCUCUUUCUCUUUUUCUCUCUGUGUCUGAGUCCGCAACUAUGGUGCAGCAGCAGCAGCACCGCGUAGAGCAAGAGAAACGACCACGGUUCUUCAUAAACGACAACAUUGACAUUCUCAGGGAAAUCCUUAAACGCCUCGACGGUCCCUCGCUGGGAGUGGCGGCGUGCGUGUGCCGCCUGUGGUGCAGCCUGACGAGCAACGACGACUCGCUGUGGGAGCACCUGUGCUUCCGCCACGUGUCGUCUCCGCCACCGGCGUCGGUGAAGGCGGUGGUGGUGGCGCUGGGCGGGUACAAGAGGCUGUACAUGGUGUGCGUGAGACCGGUGCUGAGUCGACUCGGAGACUCGGAGCGGGUGAGGAAGCGAGUGUGGACUCGGCACGAGGUGCAGCUCUCGCUCUCUUUGUUUUGCAUUGACAGCUACGAGAGGCUCGGGAGUGGAAGGAUCCCCAGCGACGCGUCCGCAUCGUCCCUCAUGUUCCUCUGCAACUCCGUCAACGUCUGAUCUCAUCUCAUCACAUCACACUUUUGCUUUUCUUUGAUAUCAUACUAAAAAGUCUUGGGCCCUGUCUUGCCAUCCAAAUAAGAAGCACCAUGCCCCGGUAUUAAUUUGUCUAUCAUACACCAAAUAAAAAAUAUCACCAAUUUCUUUCUUUAUUCUCAUCUCUUAAUUUCCUUUAUAGUAGGACAUAUCAAUAAAAAAAAAAAAGCUUGUAAUAAGCGUGGAUCAGUGACUCGUUAUCUUUUUAUAUUUACAUGUAGCUAGCUAGUUCAUUUCAAAA